GAACGUGGAACGCAUUUGUAAUCCGACCCGUGAUGUUGCCGUACAACCUUAAUCCGGGGUAAAAGUUCCGGGUCGGCGCUGCAUCCCGUCAUCAUCACCUAGCCACGAUACAAAGUGCAAGCCCUCUUACCUUCAACCUGCACUGUACACAAUCAUUUCCAAGUCUUGAUUCAAAGUCAUUGCUGUAGACAUCUCAAAGCUUGGUUACGAAACUUUACUCUCUUCUCUUAAAAAAGUCACAUCAUGGGAGAAGACGCCCCGCAGGACACCCCGCAGAAGCAAUGGUGGGAGGAGUUCCCUGAGCCAAAGGCCGAAUGCCCUCGAACAGACCCGUCCAUUGUCGCAAAACUCAUUGAAGUGAAUGCAGCUUCUGGAAAGAAUGCCCAAAGGGACUUUUUGCUAGUUGAUGUUCGAAGGACGGACUGGGAGGGCGGCACUAUCGCUACAUCCAUCAAUCUCCCCGCUCAUACGUUGUAUCAGACACGUCCUCAGAUCUAUCAGCUUGUCAAACAGGCAGGUAUCAAGAGAAUCAUCUUUUAUUGCGGUAGCUGCGGUAGUCGAGGUCCACGAUGUGCAGGCUGGAUGCAGGACUAUCUCGAUGAAGUUGAAGAGACCGAGAUCAAGGCUGAAAUUCUGAUUGGAGGUAUCAAGGGUUGGCAGAAGGCGUAUGCUGGCCAGUUGAUGGACUCAUAUGACGAGAAGGUCUGGGAGAAGAAGGAGUAGUGUAGUGUUUGGUUGGACAUGGUAUAACAAUUCGAGGAUAUCCUCUCUUGAUAUCUAGUAAGAUGUGACCCAAACAAACUGCCCACAAGGACUUGUCUCAUUUUCGACCUUAACGCCAAUAAAGAUCACAUAAUUUCCGUCGUCUCUUCCAGUGUUUCCGCCAUUCUUCAGGAUUAUCGGUCUCCACGUCGGUCAUC